AAUGUACUCAUGUUCUCGGAAUGGUCCCUUGAAGAUGCAGAUGACGGGCUGGUAUGCUCGGAGAUUGAGGAGAUCUCAGAUCGUCGGGUCAUCGGUCUACUGCCUCGACCAGGUGACCUGCGGCCACCUAGUUCCGGAAGGGCUACCUGAAUCAGCGAUUCGGCUUAUUCACGAGGAAAUCGGCGUGAAAAUUUUAAAAAAAUUUAUGAUCAUACAAUAA